ACGUAUGUCGCCAGUUGUUAACCAUUACUCGUACUUUUGAAUGAACGGGGCUGGAAGGCUUCGGUUCUGUGUGCUGCACUUAGCAUUAGCUCAACAGUAGCUACAUCGGUGUUUUAAAGUUUGACUGAAGUCGCCAAAUAAAGAAGUAAUUGUAUGGUUUUAAAUCUUAAAUCCUUUAGUUGAUGUCGCGGUCAUUUAACGAAAAACACUUAACACAGUAAACCGAGUGAAAAGAAAUAACGUAUCGAAUUAGCAUGUCACGAAGUGGAGACACUGAAGUUGUUUGUGUGGUACAAUGUCUCUAGUGUUAAAAAUGUUCAUUCUGCGUGUUUAAUGUGGCCUCUGACAACUCUGGCGCCGCUGUCUGCUCCGAGCCUCGGACACCAUGUUGACGGCCGUGCGGUGGCUCCUGUCCAAAGUCAUCUCUCCCUUGUGGGUGACCGUGGAAGCCGAAGGCGAAGAGCUGUUUUUAAGGCCGUCAGCAGGUUCGCAGAACAUUCGCCACCUCAGGGACAGUGUGGUGACCUCGCUGUGUCUGGACUACGGCAUGAUUGACGGCAGUGUCUAUUUCACCAGUGAAGAAGUCAUGGGUGGACGGUUACUGAAAGAAGGAGACGUGGUGAACUGUGUUGCAUUCAGAGAUGGAGCUGAGGGCGGGUGGAGAGCGUUGAGGGUGGAGAAAAGCGCUGCAGCGUGGGAGGAGGGUUCAGAAUCCGCUCUGGAAGAUGAGAACAUGAAGCUUCGACCGCUCAUUGGAACCGUCACGUCUUUUGACGGGGAAAGCGGCUACAUCAACCAGACGACGUACUUCCCUCGCUCCAGUCUCUUGGAAGGGUAUGAGCCUAUGAAGGGUGACUGGGUUCAGGCUGAAUAUGUUAUCAACCCUACGCGUACAAGGGCUCAGUCAGUGGCUCCUCUCCGCUACAGUCGUCUUGAUGAGGCGUUUGUGACCAGCAUGUUUGGCAGAAACGGCGUGGUGGAUGACGCUGUGUUCUUCAGCCUGGACUCUGUGCUCCUGCCAGCCAACUACCAGCCCCACCCCGGCCACCUGGUCAACCUGGUGAUGGUGGAGAGCAGUCAGUCCUUCUACUGCUGGAGGGCUCUGUGCAUGGCCCCGUGCCCUGACAGUGGCAACGCAGCUGCUAAAGGUCUGACGGCGACAGAACUGAGCACUAUGUUGGAGAACAAAGGAGGACUGGUGGUCACAGACUACGGUCAUUUUCCUGAUCUGCUCAUCGGGGAGAGUGCGCAGUUGGUGUUGUGGAUCCAGAACGAAGGCUCAGAGACUCACACCCUGAGGCAUUGUGACUUUGCUGGCUGGGACUCUGAGCAACAGUUCUCUCUGCUGUCGGUGGAUGGGCCCAAACGUUCGAGACCAAAGCAGACAGAAACACAAGACAACUCUGAGCUGGAUACCGCAGGAGAAGUAGAGCCAGAUGAGGGAAGAACAGGAGAAUCAAAGGUUCCCAGGAAGCAAAGUGUUGAGGUGGAGAUUGCUCCUGGAGAGAGACUCUCAGUCUCCGUGGCUUGUGAUGCAAAGAGCCUGGGAAACUGUAAGGAGCUGCUGAUGCUGCACUUCUCCUCCUUCAUCAUCGGGCGGCAGGUGGAAGUGACCGUGGGGAGUCAGGAGGAGAACAUGCUGCAGCCCUCUGCGCCCUACAGCCGCCAAGAAACCCACAACUCCGUGGAGAACUCACACGCUCAUGUGAUCGCGAUAUCAGCUCCAAAACCAACGCUGAGACUCAGUCAGAGGCGGCUACCGACCUUCCUCCCGUCCUACCCACUUCCUCAGGCUUUUAGGGACGCUGUUGAUGCCAGAAGUGACGUGCUGGUCAUUGAACCUUGUCUUGGAGAGGUGUUGUCUGCAGCCAACAUGCACGCCCGGUUCUCAGCCCUCCUCUGGCUGGAGGAGCUUCACGCAGAGAAGGAGCUGCAAGAGUUCACCAUCCAUGGAGCGCUACUCAGGAAGGGAUCUUCUCACCUGCACCUGGAGGUUCUGGGCUUGUCGGAGGGUCGGCCCAGCUUGAGUAUCAAUGACAAAAUCUUGCUGAAGAAGUCCCAAGCCAGCGCUGUAGUUCUAGAGUACAUCAGCUACAUCACUGAGAUCAAUGAUGAUGAAGUGAGUCUCAGGGUCAACACGGACCUUCAUCGGACGUAUCUGGGGGAACCUUUGGAUGUGGAGUUCAUGUUAAACCGGUUGACCUUGAGGCGCUGUCACCACGCACUGGCUCUGACCAAACACCUCAGGGAGAUUCUCUUUCCCACUAGUCUGAGACACCGGGACCCCCAGUGGUCAGGAGAGUGGAUUGAUGGUGACCUUCAGAACUUAACAGAAGAUGCUGAGAAGCCUGAUGUUUCAGUCGACACACAGUCCAAGUCCACACAGACAAAAGAUGGAAGAGUUCAAUCCAGGCCCAUCCCAAGUCCAGGACACUUCUUCAACCCGGACCUCAACUCCUCUCAGAGGGAGGCUGUAAAGAGAAUCCUGGCGGGGGAGUGUCGGCCCACUCCCUACAUGUUGUUUGGGCCACCAGGAACUGGCAAGACCAUCACCCUCAUCGAGGCCAUACUGCAGGUUCACCAUCGGGUCACCAGUAGCCGUGUGCUGGUCUGUACUCCGUCCAACAGCGCGGCCGACCUCAUCUGCAUCCGCCUGCACUACAGCGGCUUCCUGCACUCGGGCAGUUUUGUCCGAGUCAACGCUUCCAGUCGACUGGAGCGGUCUAUUCCAGAAGUGUUAUGGUCGUAUUCGAGAGCAGGAGAAGACAUCCGGAAGGCUUCCUUCUACAGGAUCAUUGUCACGACGUGCUCCAGCGCUGGAAUGUUCCUCAAUGUGGGACUGCGCGAGGGGCAUUUCACUCACGUCUUUUUGGAUGAAGCGGGUCAAGCUAUGGAACCGGAGUCCUUGAUUCCCAUCAGCAUGGUGUCGGAGAGGCACGGGCAGAUUGUUUUGGCUGGCGACCACUGUCAGCUGGGGCCGCUGGUCAAGUCCAAGCAGGCGGCCGCCUUUGGCCUCGGGGUGUCUCUGAUGGAGCGGCUCAUGUCCAACCCUCUCUAUAUCAAACACAAGUGGGGAUACAACCCCAACCUGGUGACUAAGCUGGUCUACAACUACCGCUCCCACCAGGCCCUGCUCAAGCUGCCCUCCCAGCUCUUCUACCAGGAUGAGCUGAGGUGCAAAGCCCACAGAGAGGUGGUGGAAUCGCUGUGCCAAUGGACCAAGCUGCCCAGGAAAGGCUUCCCCCUUCUGUUCCACGGCGUCCGGGGCUACGAAACCAGGGAAGGCUGCAACCCGUCCUGGUUCAACCCAGCUGAGGCGGUGCAGGUCAUGUUUUACUGCUGCCAACUGACCAAGAAGCUCUACCACCCCGUGGAUCCCACUGCCAUCGGCAUCAUCGCCCCCUACAGGAAGCAAUGCGAGAAGAUCCGUGUUCUGCUGGGCAAAAUGGGUCUGUCUGACAUCAAGGUGGGUUCUGUGGAAGAGUUCCAGGGCCAGGAGUUCCUCGUCAUCAUCCUGUCGACGGUGCGCUCCAAUGAUUCCGUGGCGAGCAACGAUUUGCAGAGCGUCCUCGGCUUCCUGUCCAAUCCCAAGCGCUUUAAUGUGGCCAUCACGCGGCCCAAGGCUCUGCUCAUCGUGGUGGGGAACCCACAUGUGCUGGUGAAGGAUCCUUGUUUCUGGGCUUUGCUGCAGUACUGCCACAUCAACGGCGCGUACGUGGGCUGCGACCUUCCUGCUGCUCUCAGAGACGCUAAACACCUCACCAGAGGAGCAGAGUCAGGAGUGAAGGUGGACCACUGAACCGUCACGUUCCUUGUCAAUAGCUGUGUGAAAGCUGGA